AUGCUUGCCGACCAUAACGCCCGGCUGACCGAGGCCGAUGGCGACAAUCUCGGCAUUGCAAGUGCUUACCAACACGGCGACUUGGUCGUCUCACGCAAUGCUCCCGUCACUCCCGCCGCCGCCUCCGCUCCUCCCUCGGGGCAUGGCAGGUGGGCAACGAGCGCGGAUUGGGCCGCGCACAAGGAUAGGGUUGUCCGGAUGUACUGGAAUGAGGAUAGAACGCUCAAGGAAGUCAUGAGCAUCAUGGCGACGGAAUAUGAUUUCCACGCCACAGUGAAAAUGUACAAAUCUCGGUUCAAGCUUUGGGGACUCGCCAAGAAUAUUAUCAAGGAGGACGCCUCCCGGAUCAUCCAAGCAGCGUGGUCGGGCGAGAGACCUGACGAGCCCGUCGUCAAGGGCCGAAAGGUCGGCUCCAAGCGGUUCCGGAAGCAGUUGCAGACGGCUCGGGAGCUCGGCGCCCGGUUCUCGUCAAAGGAAUCCAGCUUGCAGACGCCGUCGCCCCCAACAAUGCCGCCGGGAUCUCCGGAUCAACUGCAGAAGCAGCAGCAGGUGAUGAUGUCAUCAUCGGCUUGUUCCUCUCCCACGUCGCUGUCGCAUCGUCUUUGGCAGCCCGACGUCUUGGGCCAGUCGGAGCGCGCCUGUCAUGCUAUACACAGUUACACCGACUUCUGCCUCAAUACCAAGGUCUGGGAACUGGCAAGCGUUACGGCCGAUGAUGCACUGAAUCUCCCCAAAGGGAGAACGUUCAAGGUUUUUGUUGUCGACAAUUACAUGUCAAUGACUGCUGGGUUUCAAGAUCCUACAUUUAUCACUGCUACCAUGUCGGUAGUAUUACAACUAGAAGAGUUUGCCAAGGAGCUGGCCACUUCGCUAUUGCGCUACAUCUACCACAUGAGCGUGGUUAAACUGGGAGCACAUCACCCUUUUAGCUGCUUCUGGGCACACAUGACCUCGCUGGGAGUAGUGAAUGCCCGGCACGCCGUCGAGUCGACACUGAGGGUGCACUACGACACUUUGCAGCGCCAGAUGCAUCCCGAGGACAUCAAGUACUGGGGCGACUCGCCGGGCUCGGGCCGGCGCCUGGCUCGGUAUACCGACUUUGCCCGGGACCAGAUGCCAAGCAACAAUUUCAUGAACAUCAUGUACGACAUGGAGGCCGACGUGACGUCGGUCGUCGACGAGAUAUACAUCAACUGGUGCCAAAUCAUGCUCUCGUACUUUAUCGCUCAUGCCGCCCCUGACGAGAGAGGCGACCCCAAUCGAUUCGUGGCCAAGGAUGCCGACGCCGAGGUCGAUCGGAUCAAGGUGGAAGACGUCGAGGAUGAAGAGGGCAGCAUGGAAACGCUCCACAAACUUGAGCAUUUCGAGGACUCUUGA